CUGUGAAUUCUGGAUACAAGUCCUUUGAUGGGUAUAUGUGCUGUGAUUUUUUUUUUGUAGACUAUGGUUUGUUCACUUACUGGGAUCUUUUGAUGAACAGAAAUUUUUGUUUUGAUAAAGUCCACCAUAUCAAGUUUUUCUUUUAUGAUUUUAUGACCCCUAAGCUCAUAAAGAAUGUAUUUUCUUCUAGAAGUUUUAUGGUUUGGGGUUUUAUGGCUAUCUAUGAUCCAUCUCACUGGUUUUAGGUUUUAAAUCUAUGGUUUGGAGUUUUACAUUUAAGUAUAUGAUCCAUCUCCAAUUAAUUAUUUGUACAGAACGAGGUUUAUUUCAACAUAGAUACCCAGUUGUUCCAGCAACAUUUGUUUAAAAAGAUUUUCCUUCACCCAUUAGAUUGACUUGGCAUCUUGGUUGAAAAUCAACUGACCAUAUGUGUCUGUAGUUAUUUCUAGAUUCUCUAUUCUGUUUCCCACAGAAUACUUCAUUUCCCACAGUACUUCAUUAUUAUUUCUGUUCAUGUUUUCCAGCAAGUCUAGGGUUCCAUGUGUUAUAAAUUCCCUUUAAUCUAAAGAACUUUCUUUUUAACAUUUGUUCUAUUGCAGUUUUUCUGAAGAUGAAUUCUCUCAGCUUUUCUCUGUCAAUCUUUAUUUUUCAGGGGUAUUUUAGUUGAAUAUUAAAUUCUAUGUUGACCUUUUAUCUCUUCUUUUAGCAUUUUAAAGUCAUUUAUUUGUCCUCAGGUCUCAUUUGUUUCUGGUAAGAAAUCAUCAUUUUUAUGUGUCUCCCUGUCCAUAAUGUGAUUCUCCCCCAUGGUUACAUCUGCUCUUUAUCUUUGGUUUUCAGCAGAUCGACUAUGAUAUGUCUAGGUAUGUUUUUCUUUGUAUGGAGUUUACUGAACCUCCUGUAUCUGUGUUGCUGUCUUUCAUUAAUAUUGGGUAUUUCUUGGCUUUUAUGUCUUCAAAUAUUUCUUCUGUUCCAUACUCUCCCACCUUGCCUCUCCUUCUGAGACUCCAAUUACACCUAUAUUAGGUGAUUUGAUAUUAUCCUAUGGAUCUCAGAUGAUUUCCCCCCAUUCUUUUCUCUUUUUGUUUUUAGUUUGAAUACUUUCCAUUUAGCUGUCAAGUACCCUGAUGCUUUUCUCUUAAACCUAUCUGAUGAAACCUUUCUGAUACUGUAUUUUUUAUUUCUAGCAUUUCAUUAUGUUUGUAUAGUUAUCAUGUUUCUGCUUAAAUUUUCCAUUUUUUUAUGUAUGGUCACAUUUUCCACUACAGUUUUUAAAGCAUUUUCAUCAUAGUUAUUUCAAAAACCCUAUCUAUUGAUUGUAAUAUUUUAGCCUCCACUAGAUUUUUAAGCAUUUUACUUUCAGCCAGAGUUAUUUUAAAGAUCCCACUGUUAAUUCAACAUCUGGGUCAUUUCUCAUUCUGCUUCUCUUGAACCUUUCCUCUGUUACCAUGGAUCUUAUUUUCUUGCUUUUGCACAUGUCUUGUAUAUUUGAUUGUAUGCUGGACGUUUUGUAUAAAAAACAGGAGAGACUGAAGUAAGUAUUACUUCAAAUUGGGGCAUGCCCAUUUUUCUUUCAGCCAUUUGAGUAAUGGCUUAGUCAAUCUGAUGUAUAUUUGACCUAGAUCUGGGCACUAUUGCAGCCUUAGUUUGAUUCAGUUCACCCUGACUUUGCUUCGUAGCUAAGGUGUCAGCUUUUGGAAAUGUGGGAGAUCUCUUCUAGUGGAAAAUGUGGACAAACCAGCCUAGCUGCCAGGUUUUCUUGGGCACUGGGAUAGGGGGGUAGAGAGGUAUUUCUCUCAGCUCUUGUGUGUGCCCUACCCUUAGUCUUUUCAGGAAGAAUGCCCACAAUGCCUGGGGCAUGGGUCUCUCAGCCCUCCUGCCUCACUCUCAGCCUUCAAGAGUAUAUGUGGUGGAUUUCUCAGCAUUCCUGCUUUGCCUCCUUUAAGGUUAUCUUGCAAAGAUAACCUUAAAAUGUUAGUUAGUGGAAAGUCUCCACUUACCUCAAGGGAAGGAGUCUCAACUUUUCUAUUAUACACACCCUCUUCCCACUUUGGUUACUACCUUCCUGUACUCUUUAAGAUCCAAGAGGUAAGAUUGGUGGGUGGGUGCAGGUUUUCUCUGUGGAUUUGGGUCCUCUAGAUUCUAAUGUCAUGCCAGCCUCAAUGAGACUGACAUUUUUGUUAAAUUUCCACUGGCUUCUCUUUAUUCCCCUAUGGUGGAGCAGCCAUGUAUCUCUUCUCUCCUGUGAAGGACUUAGCAUUUUCUGGAGGUUAGUUCACUUAGGGUUUCUUUAUGUCCUUAGCUUUCGGAUGAGUUAAAAAUAUUUUUGAUUUUCUAGCUAAUCUAGCCUUUGUUUGCUAGGGUGGGAGAUAUAUUCUCCUGUGGUUUUCUACAUCCAAAUGAGAAGUGAAUUCUAGGAAUGGGAGUUUAAAAAAAAGUUUCAUUUACAUAUUUUAAAAAUAAUUUUUAAAAUUAUAUAUACAUGGAUAAUAAAAUGUUAAAUUUUAUAGAGUGGUGAACAAUGAAAAGCGAAUUACCUUCCCAUUAUAGGUUCCCAAGUCCUCUCUACUCCCUCUACAGAGACAAACAUCAUUACCAGUUUCUUGAUUGUUUCUCAAAAUUCUGUAUACAAAAAGUGUGCAUAUCUUCCCCCCUUAUUUUUUUUUAAUACGAAUAGAACCAUACUAUAUCUUCUAUACUUUGUUUUUCUCAUUUAACUAUUUCACCAUCUUGAAGUCCUUUACAGACUGCAUAAUAUGUCUUUGUAUGGAUGUACUGUGGUUUAUUUGAACAGUCCCUGGUGAUGGACAUUUGGGUUGUUACCAGUUUUUUUUUUUUUUCUCACAAACAUUGCAGUAUAUAUGCCUUUGCCCACAUUUGUGGUUGAGUAUCUGUAGUAUCAGGAAUGGGCAUAUUUAAAAUGCUUCAUGAAGGCCCCUGGAGCUUCAUAUUAAUUCACAGUGUUUCUCAAGGUGUUGGCUGGGCUCUCAGCAGUUGGUGGUAUGGGUUUGGGGAAGACUGGAUACUGCAAAAGACUCAUGAGGUGCUGGAGAGUUGCCUGGCAGGUGGCGUCAGAACAAAGCUGGCUAUAGACCCUACCAGAGUAGGAGUGACGUAUUAAAAUAUUUAAGAUGUAGAAACUCAACUGUAAUUCCUUCUUUAUACAUAUAUUGGGGAUGUUAAAAAGUUACUGAUGUCAGAUUGCUCGCUUGCCUCCUCAGCCCCCACCAUGGGGUAAAAAAGAUAAAUACCAUUUUCUUUGGAAUGUCUUACAAGAUUACAUCCAAGGAGGUUUUCUAAGGGAAAUGAAGACUUAUAUGUUAUACAAGAAACAUUAUCUAUGUGAUUCUGGGAUCUUCCUGUGAAGAUGUUAUGUUUUUUGAGAUUUUUUUCUAAUUACCUACCUAAUUAGCACAUUAAGUUUGGUUGUUGACAUCUGAGAAACCAAUGUGCUUUCUCAUGAAAAAGACCCUUGCACAGAAAGUGCUCUUUUUUCUAAGAUCUGGGGUCAAAGGAGAGAUUUUUAAGCAUAUAAUAAUGGCUUCUACUUAUUUAAUAACAUAGGCACAAAAAAUGUCAUUUACUUCUCACAGGACCCCUUUCAGGGAGAUUUUAUACAUUAGGAAGUAUGCUCAUGAGCUUUCUACCAACAUCAUCUUCCCUAAGGCUCCCCAUCUCAGUAACUGACUAUACUAUUCACUCAGUUGCUUUUAAAGUUAGAAACGUAGUAAUCUUUCUGUGACAUCUAUAUCCUUUUCCUUCAUUCUCCCAUAUCCAAUUCUACACCUUAGGAAAUUUGUUUUACCUCCUAAAAUUCGUGAGAAUCCAUUCACUUUUUCUCCUUUUCCCAUCACUCUAGUCCAAGUGAACUGUUUUAUCAUUUCAUUUGCAGUAUCCUUUUAGUCACCCCUAGGUUAUCAAUUCUUGUCCCCCACUCAAUUCAUUCUCCACUCAUUAGCUAACAUGAACACAUUAAUUCAUUUAACAUGAAUUAAAUGUUAAUUUUGACUAUGUCACUCCUUGCCCAAAACUCUCUAGUGCCUUUCCAAUGUCCUUAGAAUAAAAUCCCUCGCAUGGCCUCUGUGGAUCUGCACCACUAGUCUCUCCUACCUCUCCACCUAUUGCAACCAACUCUUUUCCCCUUCCUCUUUCCAGCCAUGCUGGUCUUUCUGUGCUGCAAACUGGCCAAGCUUCUUCCAUCCUCAGGGCCUUUGCACAAGCUUUUCUUUUGCCUUAGAAUUUUUCCCCAGCCUGCCCACUUCCUCCUCCCCCUUCCCCAAGCUAAUGCCUUAUCCUUUAGGUCUCAUUUUAAACAUAUAUUACCCAGGGAAACUUCCCUGUCCAAACAAGUCUAGAUUGGAUCUCCCUGUUAUUAUUUGCUUUUACUACUCUGUAUUUUUCCUCAGCAUUUAUCACAAUUCUAAUUAUAUAGUUAUGUUGUUCUUUUAAUUUUCUCUGUUAUUGGAAUAGGUAAUACAUCCAUUUCAUACAAAAUUCAAAUUGUAACAGGGUAUAGAGUUUCUUCCCUUCCCCGUCCCUCUGCUACCCAGUUUUCUUCCUUACAAGUAACUACUUUUAGCAUUUUGAAUAUCCUUUCAGAGAUUUUGAGUAUAUAAGCAAUUAUGUACAUAAUUUUCAUCUUUAUUUUUGCCUUCUCUUAUUAACACAGAUCCUAUGUACAUUUUUCUGCACUUUGUUUUUACCUGUUAAUAUAUCUUGGCAAUUCUUCUAUAUCGCUAUGUAAAUGGUUUCUUUUUCAUGUACCAUACAGUAUGGGCUUGUCAUUAUUUCUUUAACCUUAAUUAUUGGGCAUUUAGGUUGUUUUCAGGCUUUGGUUAUUACGAACAAUGCUGCAUUGAAUAACUUUGUAUUUAAAGUCAUUUUCCACAUUCAUACCUAUAGAAUAUAUUCCUAGAAUUAAAGUAAAGAAGUUAAAGGUUAUGUGCAUUUUAAAUUUGGGUAGUAAUUUCCAAACUGCUGUCAAUGGAGGUUGUACCAGUUCACAGUCCCUCUAGCCACAGAUGAAGAAUGCAUGUUUACUCACAACUCAGUGAAAAUUUUUGUUCUCUGACAAUGUAAGAGGUGGAAAAUAUCUCUUGGAAACUUUAAUUUGCAUGUUUUCUCUUCCUUGCAAAGUUAUAUUUUCGUAUGUUCAAGAGGCAUUUGUAUUUCUUCUUUAGUGAACUGUUUCUUCAUAAACUUUGCUUACGUUAUUUAAUGUGUGACUUCCUCGCUACACUCGAAGGUCAGGGAUCCCGCGUAUUUCGCUCGUCGCAUAGCUCCUGGUACUGGAAUGAAUGAAGCUCAAAGAAAUGACUGGCUCACGUCAUGCAGUAGUCACAUACGGAACUCAUGUUUGACUCGAAAGCCCACGUAUUUCCACGAUCACCCAGUGGAAAGACUGAGCAUUUAAUUCACCACAGCAGGGGCUAGCAAGGUAAUGUAAAAACGGCUGAAGUGUGCUGGGAAGAGAGGACUGUGGCAAAAAGGCCAAUAAAUGCCUAACUACAGUAGCAGCUGUUUUCAGAUCUAUUUUACCGCCAAGCAGGAAUGCAGGCCCAUUGUCGGAUCUUUAUUUAUUCCGAGGCCGGAUUUCUGGCUUUCUUGCGAGAUCUCCUGGUUUUUAAGUAUUUCCAGUCAAAACAAGACUGCCUUCAAAUGCAGCCCACCGGCAGCGGAUUUGCAAACUCUAGCGUAAACAGAAGUGGGAGGCUGAUAAGGCGGGUAAUACCUUAGUUGGACAAAGACAGCCGAGAAACAAGUAAUUUUUAUGUAAGGCGAGAAUGAGGUUCUCCGCCGUAGGGUUUGGGUUUGGGGGCCGGGACUCCCGGAAAGACGCUGGAAAUAAAUGCUGGGUGGCAUCAAAGCAGGGCAGGGCCAGGCGGCGGGAGGGCGCGCUGCCGUCCCAGUUGUGGCUGGCCACUCCACCCAGCGCUGUUGGGGGUUUCUGAAGCAGCGUCCACACAAUGGUGUAGGGCGGUAGGGGCUGGCCGGGAUAAAGGGGACGACUGGCUGCGCAUUCCCUCACCGGCUCCUUUAGAGCCAAGUGGACCGCAGGAAAGCACCCAACCCUUUCCCCGCUUCCAGAAGACCCUCCGCCUCCCAGGCAAAGCUUUCCGCUCGGCGAUCUACUUCUUUCCCUACUCAGGCCCCUCCCCACUUCCCCAAUCCUACGACUUCCGUUUGCCUGGUUUUUUUGGAAACCGCCGACUUCCGGCCUCCCAGCGGCGGGCGGAGCUAAGAUGGCUGAGCAGAGGCUCGCGAUGAGAACUCAGUUUCCUGCAUCUGCUGAAUCUCUAAAACCCCGGCUGAAAAAAGCUCCAGAGUUUCCUAUUUUGGAGAAGCAGAACUGGUUGAUACAUCUCCACUAUAUCCGGAAGGAUUAUGAAGCAUGCAAGGAUGUUAUCAAAGAACAGCUUCAGGAGACUCAGGGGUUAUGUGAAUAUGCUAUCUAUGUCCAAGCAUUGAUAUUUCGCCUGGAAGGAAAUAUCCAAGAAUCCCUAGAACUCUUUCAGACGUGUGCUGUUCUCAGCCCUCAGUCUGCUGAUAACCUCAAGCAGGUGGCCAGAUCUUUAUUUCUUUUGGGAAAACAUAAAGCUGCCACUGAAGUAUAUAAUGAAGCAGCUAAACUUAACCAGAAAGAUUGGGAGAUCUGUCAUAACCUAGGAGUUUGCUACAUUUACCUGAAACAGUUGGACAAGGCACAAGACCAGUUGCACAAUGCCCUACAUCUUAACAGGCAUGAUCUGACUUACAUAAUGCUGGGCAAGAUCCAUUUGCUGGAGGGAGACUUGGACAAGGCCAUCGAAAUCUACAAGAAAGCAGUGGAGUUCUCACCAGAAAAUACAGAACUUCUCACAACUUUAGGAUUACUCUACCUCCAGCUUGGCAUUUACCAGAAGGCAUUUGAACAUCUUGGAAAUGCACUGACUUACGACCCCACCAACUACAAGGCCAUCUUGGCAGCAGGCAGCAUGAUGCAGACCCAUGGGGACUUUGAUGUUGCCCUCACCAAAUACAGAAUUGUAGCUUGUGCUGUUCCAGAAAGUCCUCCACUCUGGAAUAACAUUGGAAUGUGUUUCUUUGGCAAGAAGAAAUACGUGGCAGCUAUCAGCUGCCUGAAACGAGCCAACUACUUGGCACCCUUCGACUGGAAGAUUCUGUAUAAUUUGGGCCUUGUCCACCUGACUCUGCAGCAGUAUGCAUCAGCCUUCCAUUUUCUCAGUGCAGCCAUCAGCUUCCAGCCGAAGGUGGGGGAGCUCUACAUGCUCUUGGCUGCCACUGCACUCAGUUUCUUCGUUGCAGUGGCUCUGACCAAUCUGGACGACACGGAGAAUGCCAGGAGAGCCUACGCAGAAGCAGUCCGCCUGGAUAAGUGUAACCCUUUGGUAAACCUGAACUAUGCUGUGCUGCUGUACAACCAGGGAGAGGAGAGGGGCGCCCUGGCCCAGUACCAGGAGAUGGAGAAGAAAGUCAACCUACUCAAGGACAGCAGCUCCCUGGAAUUUGACCCGGAGAUGGUGGAGAUGGCCCAGAAGUUGGGAGCUGCUCUCCAGGUCGGGGAGGCACUGGUCUGGACUAAACCAGUUAAAGAUCCCAAAUCAAAGCAGCGGACCACUUCAACCAGUAAAGCCGCCAGUUUCCAGCAGCCUCUGGGUUCUAAUCAAGCUCUAGGACAGGCAAUGUCUUCAGCAGCCGCAUAUAGGAAGCUCCCGUCAGGUGUCGGAGGAACAUCCCAGCUCACAAAGCCACCAUCUCUUCCUCUGGAGCCAGAGCCCACUGUGGAAGCGCAACCAACUGAAGCAUCAGCACAAAUAAGAGAAAAAUAGGUGUAGGAUGAGCCGAGAGUUGGGGUUUCUUGGGCGAGGAUGUUCCAGAUUAGGAAAGGUCCCGUGACACAGGCAGCACGGAGGCCAGCACGUUCCCUGGGCAUCAUGAGCUGGAACGCAGAACGUGUUACAAUGAUCACGAGGAGGCUGAGGCCUGCGCAGCCCCUGCUGCCCCAUCAGCCGGAAACGAGCGAGAAGAUGGCCCAGACAGGUUCUCCUGAAGAAUCGAGAGCAAGGCUUCGGCUCUAUGUAUGUAGUUCCAAGAGCCAGCAGGGCAUGUGAUGCUGUUUGUUUUGGAAAGGACUUUCUCUUGGCUGGCGGACCCCUUCCUUUGUGGAAGGAAAGUCUGAGACAGACCUCUGCGCAGCAGUCCUGUCAUGACAAAGCCUUGUCUUAGCUGAGCUGAUCCUUGGGCUGUGUGGUAUAUCAGCCACUGAAGCAAACACAAAUCUUUGAUUAAUAAUCCAGCUCUAAUAGUCUAAAAGAAAAAAAAAAUGAUGAAACAAGCUCUUUAAAUUGAGGCCCAGGCUACUGAGUGAGUAUCCCAGCUGCACUUUCCCAAAAGCAUCCAGAACAAGUCCCUAUAUCUUGUUCUUGAGAGGUCAGUGUAGAGCCAGACCAUGUCAGGAUGAAAAGAAGUAAAGGGCUGGUCUGGUGUCAGCACCAAGGAUUUAACAAAAAGGAAGUGCUGCUUAACUGAGGAAUUUUUAUUUGACAAUCGAUGAUACCACUGACCAGAUGUUAUCAAUACAUUAUAUCUAUAGAUACUUUUCAGAAUAAAGAUUAUGUAUCAUC